UGUAACUCAGACUGUCGUGACUGUGACUCGAGUGUGUUUCCAAGUGCCUGCAAACUGACCCAACCUUUCAACGUGCUCCAUCACCACACCACACCAUACACAUCGUCAUCGGCACACUCUUUUCAAGAUGCCGUCUCAAAAGUCUUUCCGCACCAAGUCCAAGCUGGCAAAGGCCGCUCGUCAAAACAGGCCUAUUCCUUCUUGGUUCAGAAUGAAGACUGGAAACAAGAUCCAGUACAACGCUAAGCGUAGACACUGGCGCCGCACGAAGCUUGGACUCUAAACCGCUCGACGCUCCCACAAGAAAAGGCUCCAAUUUCCCCGAUUGCUCGAGCCAUCGAAACUUGGUCAUCAUCUCAUUGUUGCAAGUUCGAUGACUCAAUAAGUAGCGAAUCCUGUAUCAACG